UCUCAGAAAGUUUAUAGUGUCAGCAGGACAAUUUAUAUCCCUUCAAAGGGAAAGGCUAUUGCUUUUUGUUUGCUUUAGUAAAAACUCAAUGAUUUGAGAAUUUGAAUAAAAACAAAAACCGAUAUACAAAGAGAGUUCAUCAUAUAUCGUUUAAUGGAAGACGAGAAAGCCAGAAGCAAGUUCAAAAGGUUGUGUGUUUUCUGUGGCAGCAACUCUGGACAUAGACAAGUCUUCAGUGAUGCUGCUCUUGAAUUGGGCAAUGAACUGGUUAAGAGGAAGAUAGACUUGGUGUAUGGAGGGGGAAGUGUUGGGUUGAUGGGUUUGAUAUCCAAGACAGUAUAUGAUGGAGGCUGUCAUGUUCUUGGGAUAAUUCCAAAAGCUCUCAUGCCUCUUGAGAUAUCAGGAGAAACAGUUGGGGAAGUAAGAACCGUUUUAGACAUGCAUGAGCGCAAAGCUGCAAUGGCCCGAGAAUCCGAUGCCUUUGUUGCUCUUCCUGGUGGAUAUGGAACUAUGGAAGAGUUGUUGGAGAUGAUAACAUGGUCCCAGCUUGGAAUACAUAAGAAAACUGUUGGUUUGCUAAAUGUUGAUGGUUACUACAAUAAUUUGCUUGCUUUAUUUGACAACGGGGUUAAAGAGGGAUUUAUCAAGCCAAGUGCUAGGCAUAUAAUUGUCUCUGCUCCAACAGCCAAAGAACUCAUGGAGAAGAUGGAGCAAUACACACCUUGCCAUGAACAUGUGGCUCCUCAAGAAAGCUGGCAGAUGGAGCAACUUGGUGAUUAUCCCAAUCAACUAAAUGCGCAAUGAAGCUUUGUUGGUAGGUUUCUACCUCUUUGAUUCCUGAUGUGAUUCAUAAUCUUAGACAACUCUCUUUGGAUGGGCCACAUGUUGGUCGUUUACCAGUGUACUUUUAUCACCAUAAAAAAGGGAUUUGAUCCUACUAAAAUCAUCUUAGCUGUUUUACAGAUAUGCACUGACUUAUGGCCAACUAAGUUGCCAUAAAUGUUUUCUCUACUCCUAUUAAGCUGAAUCUACUACUAUUUACUACA